AUGAAGCCGCUUCACGAUGUUGUCCACUUGCGGGGGUCAUGCGGGGAAGCGGGGUUCGUUCCGUCGCCUUCAAUCAUCUCCAACUGCUUUCAAAUCCGCCGCGGGGAAACACCUGAUCUUGAGAGGGCCUCAUCCCUGUCUCUUUCUCCACACAAGUGCCGACCACCCAGUCGCCCGGCGCCACUCAACGCCUGGGCUGAUGCCAAUGAAGGCAUGGAGUUCAUGACGGUAUCUUCAGCCCUUGACGUGUCGCGAGAGUGA